CCUCGGCAUACGCACGUUGAUGACGUCAUAACGUGUGCGCAUAAACAUGGCGUCUGUUUCAGAGUUGUACGAUGUGACCUGGGAAGACAUGCGGGACAAGCUUAGGAAAUGGAGAGAGGAAAAUUACCGUAACAGUGAACAAAUAGUGGAAGUUGGUGAAGAAUUAAUUCAUGAGCACAUGUCCAAGCUGGGCGAUGACAUUUGGAUAAUUUAUGAGCAGGUGAUGAUAGCUGCCUUGGACUGCAGUCGGGAUGACUUGGCCCUGAGCUGUCUACAUGAAUUGCGGAAGCAGUUCCAAGGUAGCCACAGAGUGAAACGAUUAGCAGGCAUGAGGCUUGAGGCUUUGGAAAGGUAUGAUGAAGCCUGCAAAGUAUAUGACACAAUAUUACAAGAUGACCCAACAAAUACAGCUGCUAGAAAACGCAAGAUUGCCAUUCUCAAAGCACAAGGGAGAAGCACAGAAGCCAUCCGGGAGUUGAAUGAGUAUCUGGAGCAGUUUGUUGGAGACCAGGAGGCAUGGCACGAACUUGCAGAACUUUACAUCAAUGAGCACGACUAUGCGAAAGCUGCAUUUUGCUUGGAGGAGCUGAUGAUGACAAAUCCUCACAAUCACUUAUACUGUGAACAGUAUGCAGAGGUUAAGUACACUCAAGGUGGAAUUGAAAAUUUGGAACUAUCUCGGAAAUAUUUUGCGCAGGCGCUGAAGCUAAACAAUAGAAAUGUGAGAGCUUUGUUUGGCCUUUAUAUGUCUGCAAGCCAUAUUGCUGCUAACCCUAAAGUGAGUGCAAAAGUGAAAAAGGACAAUGUGAAGUAUGCUGCCUGGGCUGCUAGCCAGAUCAACAGAGCCUACCAGUUGGCGGGACGAGGAACAAAGGAGACCAAGUGUUCUCUGAAGGCGGUGGAGGAGAUGCUGGAAACCAUGCAGAUUACACAAUCCUAAAGCCCCAUCAGACUCUUCACAAGCAUGAAGAGCUGGACUCCAGCUUCAGGAUCGUACGCAAUGUCUUUUCUUUUCGGAGCUACGUCGGCUCAUUGUUGUCGUCGUAAUGUUUCUAUUUUUUUUUUUAAUAAUGAAAAUUAAAUGGAAAAAAGACCAUAGAUCAGAAUGCAUUUGUGUGAACAGCAUGUAGACGGUAUCUGCCUUUGUUCCGUUUCCGACUCAAUGUUGUCCUCUUGGAGCUGCUUCUAGACCUGACAUUGAGUAUAUUUGUGAAUUAAUUUAUGUUUUGUUGCAGAUAUAACAAUAAAUUCACACAUUGUUAACGUCCAAA